GACAAAGCGGGUGGUCCAACAGUGUGUGGACGGUACUGAGCUCUGUCCACCGGAGCCGACCACGGCGGAGGCGGCGAAUAUCAGAUGGAGAUGACAGAUGUGCGUGAAGACCUGGCCGCCCUUCGCCGGGAGGUGGCCGCACUGAGCAAAGUGGUGGCUGCCCUUCGUGAAGAGAUGUCCGCCCUUCGGGAAGUGGUGGUCCCCCUUCGUGAAAAGGUGACCAUUCUGAGUGAGGUAGUGGCGAAGGACAAUUCAGAUAUGAAGAAGCUAAAGGGGGAGUACGCCGCACUUCACGGUGCGAUGGUCCGCCUGGAGCAGGCAGUUAUCGAAGAGCGGACCACUCGCCAGACCGUGGUGGAGGAUCUGCGGCAGGAGGUCCGCCGGCGAGCGGCGCCAUCCGGCCGUCCCCAGGGUAAAAUUACAAAAGCGUUUCAUGACGUCACGGUACAGACGGAGCCCCAACCAUCGGCAGUCAAUGACGUCACGGUACAGACGGAGCCCCAGCCAUCGGCAACUAGUGACGUCACAGUACAGACGGAGCCCCAGCCAUCGGCAGUCAGUGACGUCAUAGUACAGACGGAGCCCCAGCCAUCGGUCGCCAGUCUAUUCAACACGCUUGAGGAGGCGCUCGGCCUUGUAACCAUGACGACGUUCGACGCUCCGUCAGCCCUUGGCGAGGACCAGCUGACGGCGCUACUGCAGAGUCUUCCCCGCUUGGAGGAGCUGACCGUCAGUGUGCCGUCCUUCGGAACGGGGCGGUGGCUGCGGCUGCUGCCGACGUCACUGAGGACGCUAUACGUUGCCGGGCCGGAGGUGACGAAGUCGAGGUGGCCGGGACGGUACGGGAGUGGUCUGUCGGUAUCUCUCCAGGGGGUGGCUGCCGACACCAUCAGUCACCUGGCCACGGAGCUGGGGUCUCGGAUUACGCUACUAGUCACGGAUGGUGAGCAGCGGGGGAAGUUAUUCAUAUAUUAA